AUGGGCGAGCAGCAAACGCUCUACUUUCUCAACGCAACCUUGGGGACGCCGCCUCAGAAGCUGUCAUUCCAUAUCGACACGGGGAGCAGCGAUCUGUGGGUCAAUACGCCGUCGUCGAGACUCUGCUCGUUCCCGCAAAAGCCCUGCUCCGACACGGCAACCUACAGCGCCAACAAGUCGUCAACAUACCAUUACGUCGGCAGCUACUUCAACAUCUCCUACGUUGACGGCUCGGGUGCCGCGGGGGAUUAUGCGACCGACACCCUGCGCUUCUCCGGCCAGAACAUAAGCUCGUUGCAGUUCGGCAUCGGCUAUCGCAGCACCGCGCAGCAGAAUGUUCUAGGGCUAGGAUACCCCGCCAACGAAGCGCAGGUGACAGACCUGGGCAUGCAGCCGUACCAGAAUCUGCUGCCAAGAAUGCGCGCCCAAGGCGUCGUCUCGUCCGACGCCUUCAGUCUGUGGCUAAACGACCUGGGCGCCGCCACUGGCAGCAUCCUUUUCGGCGGCGUCGACACGGAAAAGUACCACGGCAAUCUGAUCAGCCUGCCCAUCCAAAAGGUCGGCGACGCCUACAGCCAGUUUUACAUCACCCUGACCGGGCUCGAUGCGGGACCCAAGACCGUUGCCGCGGACAUGGCGCUCGCCGUCUUGCUCGACUCUGGAUCCUCGCUUACCUAUCUACCCAACGACCUGGUGUCGCGGAUAUACGAGCGGGUCGGCGCGGCGUAUCAGGAGGCGGACGGCGUUGCCUUUGUGCCGUGCUCGCUCCGAAACAGGAACGACAGCAUGACGUUCAAGUUCAGCUCUCCUGCAUCCAUCACCUUGUCGCUCAGCAGCAUGGUCCUGGAUCUUGACGAGUCCUUGACUGGGGCGAACACCAACACCACGGUCAACAACGAGGAAGCGUGCCUGUUUGGCAUCGCGCCCGCAGCAGGGUCCAACAGUGUUUUGGGGGACACCUUUCUACGGGGCGCGUACGUCGUCUACGACAUGAGCAACAACCAAAUCGCCCUCGCCAACGCCAAGUUCAACGUUACGGCCACCAACGUCGUCGAGAUUGGCGGCAGCAACGGCAACGGCAACGGCAGCGCCGUGCCCGUCGCCACCAAGGCAAGCAAUCCCGUGACGGCGACGAGUGGGUUUCCCAGCCUCGAGAGGACCAGCAAUGACAGCGGCGCAGCCGGAAUCUCGCCGUCCUCGCCCAUGGCACUUGCGGGCGUGGUGGCGGGCGCGGCAAUCACCGUUGCCAUCAUGUUGUACUGA